CCCCGACACCGGAAUUCCGAUACAAAGCUCCGGAGAACCUACAACACAAACCUCAUCGGGGCCGAACAAGCCCGCUCUCACUGGCACUCACACCGUACUACCCCGUUCUCUUCAUUAUCGGUCGAAACAACCACAGGAACAAGGGAAAGGAAAAAGAACCGGAAAAGAACUCUCACAAAACAAUGUCUCCAAUCCCAACCGCCCUCAUCACAGCAGGCAGCGCAGGCCUCGGCGCCGCAACAGCCAAACUCUUCGCUCGCAACGGCUACAGCGUCGUCAUAAACUACGCAAACAACAGCGAUCGCGCAGAAGCCCUCGUCAAGGAACUCGAGUCCCUCUCACCAGCUUCAGCUUCCCCCACAGAAGGAGGAGGAAGCCAGCAGCCGCAGCAGCAGCAGCAGCACUUCAAAGCCAUCAAAGCAGAUCUCUCCUCCCGCGCCGAAACAACCGCCCUCGUCAAACAAGCAGCCGACGCGCUCGGCGGCCGCCUCGACGUCCUCUUCUCCAACGGCGGCUGGACGAGACUCCGCAACAUUCAGGACCUCGACGACAACGUCGAUGAGGACGACUGGGACCGCUGCUUCAACAUGAAUGUCAAGUCGCACCUGUUCCUCAUGCACGCCGCGCGGCCGUACCUCGACGAGACUGAGGGCGCCUUUAUUACCACGGCGUCGUUGGCCGGUGUUAAAGUUAGCGGGAGCUCACUGGCCUACGCCGUGACGAAAGCAGCCCAGAUCCACCUCGUAAAAGGCCUCGCAUUAGCAGCAGGCCCGAAAGUGAGAGUAAACAGCGUCUCUCCAGGCCUCAUGUUGACGGACUGGGGCCUACAGUUCCCGCAAGAAAAGCAGCAGGCCGCCCGCGACAAGACGCCCCUCAAGCGCCUCGCCACGGUCGACGACGUGGCCGACCAGGUGCUGUGCUUCGCCAGGAGCAGGAGCGUCACCGGCGCUAACGCCGUCAUUGACGGGGGCCUCAGUAUUUAAGUAAAGGGGGCUGGCUUAUUAGCUCUAUCUGGACGGAGUAUGGGAAUGGAAUGCCUUUUUAUCCGUCAGAGAGAGAGAGAGAGAGAGAGUGAGAGAGUGAGCGCGUAUGUGUCUGGCGCGCCUGGAUAGCCCACCACCAGCAUGCUACCAUGCCCAGUCACGGAAACAAGGGAGGGAUGAUAAACUUUUACUCAUCAUUGACUCAG